AUGGACGUGUCCCUGCCCUGCUGCUGCCUACGUGCUGGCAGUGGCAGGGACUGCACAGGACAGCGAUGCUGUGGCACAGCUGGCAGGGCUCCAUGCCAGCAUGGAGUUGCUGGAGCAUCCUGCAGGGAUGUAAGAUUUGCAUGGGCCAGUGAAAAGCUCCAGUUCUUCUCCCUCUCCCGGUGCAGAGAGGAGUCACCAGAGAGCCCAUCACCCCAGCCUCAGUGCCCUGCUUCACCUUCCCUUCUCACUCGCCUCCUCUCAGCUGCCUGUGCCCCUGGCAGCCCAGCCGUGCUCCGUCCCACGGCAGAAACCUCUCUCCCUUGUCUGUGCAGGACUGAUAUAAAAGGACCCAACUUCUCCUGCAUCUUGUAUGCGUUGAGGGUGACCCACCGGGCGCAGGUGCACGGGGAGUCGGUGCACUUCAAGAAGGAGAAGAGGCGUGUGGUGGUGGCAGACCAGUACCGGAGACCCAGAACGAAUGCAGAGGCAUUGGUGUCCGCAUCUGCCUCAGGGCAGCAGCCCAGCUCCGGUCCGCAAGUGCCCCAGAGCCGUGCCAAGAAGUGGGCUGAGUUCAUCCGUGGGAAGCACGGGGUGGAGAUUGUCUCUGAGCACGACCAGGACAACGGGCACAUUCGCUUCCCGGUGGUGCCCGGCGAGACCCGGACGGUCGUCAUCCUGGUGCAGAACCACGGGGCAGAGGCCGUGACGCUGCGCCGGUGCCAGCCACACCAGCAGUCACGGGAGCUCUCCUUCACGGACGAGCAAGGGGCGACGCAGGGCCAGUCCCUGCUGCUGCACCCAGGCGACACGUACCCCAUCCACGUGCGGUGCCUGGCCACCUGCAAUGGGUACUUCCAUGCCAUGGUGGUCUUCGAGUUCACCAAGGAGCCGGCCGAGCCCUUCAGCAUCAGGCGCUACGUCGCUGCCGUGGCCGAGAGCCAGCUGGCCAAGGACCUGGGGCCCUCAGCACCUUUCCAGCCUUCCCAGGCCAGCCUCCAGCACCCUGUCACCGUCAUCACUGAGGACGGCAUCCCCCCCAACAGCUCCCUGAAAAAUGAACUGGAGAGGGAAAUCCCCCUGGGCACUUACCACUACCAGAAGAGCCUCAAGGACACGAUCCUGCUCGGACCCAAUGCCAGUGCCAGCUCCAGCUGGGCUGCCAUGCGGUCGCUGCUGGAGGCUCCCCUGCAGGCUGGGAACUACCAGCAGAAGUUCCAGCUGCUGCUGCACCUGGAGGAGAUCCAGAUGGAGGUGGACAUCCGGCGCUAUGACAUGCAGGACGUGCCCAUGGUGCAGGAACGGGCACUGCUGGUCCUCGACGUGCCUGGCGUGGCUGAGAACCGCCCAUCCGUGCUGAAGGGGGACCACCUCUUCGCCCACCUGAGCAGCGAGCGGGACCACUCCCCGCUCGUCCAGUACAAGGGCUACGUACACGGCGUGGAGCUGGAGAAGGUCAGGCUGGGCUUCUCCUCCAAGCUGCUGAAGAAGUUUGUGAACAACCUGAGGUUCGACGUGACCUUCACCUUCAGCCGGCUGCCGCUGCAGGUCCAGCACCGGGCUGCAGCCCUGGCCAUGCAGCGUGGCUUGUCCAGCCUCCUCUUCCCCUCCGCCUCCUGCCACAAGUCCCUCUUCACAGGGACCUUCCAGCCCCGGUGGUUCGACCGCAAGCUGCAGGCGAACGAGGAGCAGUGCAGAGCCGUGACGCACAUCGUGACGGGGAUGUCCAGGCCAGCCCCAUACCUCAUCUUCGGCCCCCCCGGGACUGGCAAGACCGUCACCCUGGUGGAGGCCAUCAAGCAGGUAUGGACGUGCUUCAAGGAUGCCCGGAUCUUGGCCUGUGCCCCUUCCAACAGUGCCGCAGACCUGCUGUGCCAGCGCCUCAUCCAGGACAUCGCCCCCCGGUACAUCUACAGGCUCAUCGCCAGCUCCAGGAGCUACCAGGAGGUGCCUGCCGAUAUCAGGCCCUGCUGCAACUGGGACGAUGAGCAGAGCUGCUACGUGUACCUGAGCAAGGAGCACCUGGGGCGCUACCGGAUCCUCAUCACCACGCUGGUGACAGCGGGAAGGCUGGCAUCGGCCAACUUCCCCCCAGGGUUUUUCACCCACGUCUUCAUCGAUGAGGCUGGCCAGGCGGUAGAGCCGGAGAGCGUGGUCGCCAUCGCAGGACUCCUGACUGCCAUGGACCAGAAGACCAACCCCAACGGGGGGCAGCUGGUGCUGGCAGGAGACCCCCAGCAGCUGGGCCCUGUCCUGAGGUCGCCACUGGCCAUUGAACACGGCUUGGGCACCUCGCUGCUGGAGAGGCUGAUGCUGCACAACCCCCUGUACAAGAAGUCGAGCGGAGGAUACAACCCACAGUUCGUCACCAAGCUGCUCUGGAACUACAGGUCCCACGAGGCCAUCCUCCGGAUCCCCAACGAGCUCUUCUACGACAGCGAGCUGAAGGCCUGCGAGAGCAACGAGCUCGACGUCCGGAGUCUGUAUUGUGCCUGGGAGGAGCUUCCCAAAAAAGGCUUCCCCAUCAUCUUCCAUGGGGUUUGUGGGGAAGACCGGAGAGAGGCCAAGAGCCCCUCAUUCUUCAACACGGCUGAGAUCGAGGUGCUGGUCCACUACCUCAAGAAGCUGCUGCAGAGCCGGGGCAAGGGGGGCUGCCCCAGCGUCUCGCCCAAGGAGGUCGGCAUCAUCUCUCCCUACAGGAAGCAGGUAGAGAAGAUCCGGAAAGCCAUCACCUCCCUGGACCCUGUUCUGCGGAAGCUGCCAGACAUCAGCCUGCUGAAGGUGGGCUCCGUGGAGGAGUUCCAGGGCCAGGAGCGGCGCAUCAUCCUCAUCUCCACCGUGCGCAGCUGCAGCGAGUACUUCCAGCUUGCACCCCGGCUCAACGUGGCCAUCACCAGGGCCAAGGCUCUGCUGAUUGUGGUGGGCAACCCGGCCGUGCUCAGCAAGGACCCUCACUGGCAGAGGUGA